AUGACCACGAUUCGAACCAUCUUAGCUAUUGCCGCUUCACAGUCGUGGCAACUGCAUCAGAUGGAUGUGAAGAAUGUAUUUCUUCAUGGUAAUCUCCAAGAGGAGAUUUACAUGAAGCUCUCCUCUGGUAUGACUACUUCUUCUUCUCAUGAUUAUGAUUCUUCUCUCUUCUUCCACGCAUCUGCGUCGGGUAUAGUCAUUCUCUUGGUUUAUGUGGAUGAUAUUAUCAUUACUGGCACUGACUAUGGUUUGAUUACUAAGAUUCAGCAGCUGUUACAUGCAACUUUUCAUAUGAAAGAUCUUGGCCAGCUCACAUAUUUUUUAGGAUUGGAAGUUCAUCAUCAGGCCAGUGGUAUUUUCGUGAACCACCAUAAGUAUAUUCAAGAUCUUAUCACUUUGGCUGGUUUGGAGGACACUUCUUCUGUUGAUACUCCUAUGGAGGUCAAUGUCAAAUACAAGAAAGAUGAAGGGGACCUUCUGAAUGAUUCUACUCUCUAUCGGUGCCUGGUUGGGAGUCUUAUCUACUUGACCACUACUCGACCUGAUAUCUCCUAUGCUGUUCAUCAGGUUAGUCAGUUUAUGUCUGCUCCUCGGCAUCUCCAUCUUGCUGCUGUUCGACGCAUCAUUCGCUAUCUUCGAGGUUCACCUACUCGUGGGUUAUUCUUUCCUACCGGCUCCUCACUUCAACUUGUUGCCUAUAGUGAUAUUGAUUGGGCUGGGUGUCCAGAUACACGUCGAUCUACUACGGGUUGGUGUAUGUUUUUAGGUGAUGCCUUAAUUUCUUGGAGAUGCAAGAAACAAGAUCGUGUGUCUAAAUCCUCUACUGAGGCUGAGUAUCGUGCUAUGUCUACUGCUUGUUCUGAAAUUGUAUGA